AUGUCACAUCGAGCACCGCUUGAUCUACCAGAUUUUCUUCAGAAUUCACCAUAUUUACCAAUCAUCAAUUUCGAUAUCGAUGAACCACCACCAUCUAAAGUAGCCAAACCAAGUAUUGCACAAAUUCUUCGGUCGAGACCUGUACGAACAGCGAUACCUAUUUUCAUUUGUGGACUCUUCAUACUUUUUCUUCUUCCACGUGGAACACGAAAAGCGAAGGAACUGAACGUUCAGUAUAAAACUCCUGCAUGUCUAAAGCAAGCUCCUGUUGUUGUAGAACCCUUAACUGGCGAGGAGACGGGUAUCCAGUGGGAUAAAUACGCAUAUAUUACGUAUGCAACGUCGAAGGAUCAUUUAUGUAAUGCAUUAAUGUUAUUCGAGUCGUUGCAAAGAUUACAGAGUAAAGCUGAAAGGGUACUGUUGUAUCCGCAAUUAUGGAAGGAUGCAUGGGUUGAAGAUGUCCAUGGAACGGAUAUGGAAAUUAUUUCUAAGAUGUUGAUUCAAGCGAGAGAUAAAUAUAAAGUAAAAUUGGAAAACGUGGAAAUUUUGCAGCAUAGGCAUGCUACAGCUGAUGAAUGGGCGGAGAGUUAUACUAAACUCAUAGCAUUCAACCAAACCUCAUACGAGAAACUUCUCGUCCUGGAUUCUGAUUCUACUAUACGUCAUCCCAUGGACGAAUUAUUUGUAGCUCCAAUGUCAAACUCAACACAAAUCCUCGCUCCGAGAGCAUAUUGGUUAGAUGCCCAAGGUAUCCCACAACUCGCAUCCCACAUAAUGCUCAUCAAACCCUCAACAAGCGCAUUUGAACGACUGCAAGUAGAAUUCAAAAAAGCGGGUUUAGGUACCUACGACAUGGAUAUUAUCAACUCCGCCUUCACCGAACAGAAAGAUUCUUGCGGAUUACUAGAUCAUCAAAUAUAUGCACUCCUCACAGGAGAAUUCCGCAGACCUAUCACGAAGCAUAGUGGGUUUUGGGGAAAAGGUCAUGAGAUGGAUAUAUGGGAUCCAGAGAGUGUAUUUAAAAAGUCGAAAUUCGUGCAUUUUAGUGAUUGGCCCAUGAGGAAACCGUGGAAAUUGAAUAAUUUGGAAUGGACGGUUUGGGCUCCAAAAUGUGUUCCUGUGGAGGAGGGAGAUGAUUGUAGAGCUAGGGAUAUUUGGGAUGGGUUGUAUAAAGAUUUUAGGGAGAGGAGAAUAAUGUUGGAUAUAGAAAGAAUUCGGCGUUCAAUAAGCCUUAAUUAUUGGGAUACCCUUAACCCUGAAACCUUCACGACAUAUCAACCCGUUCUACACUCGAUAAGUCUAUCAACCGCGUCCGCCACGUCCGCCAUGAUCGCCACGACCACGAUAGCCGUCAUUCUUACAUCCACCACGAGCUUUGCCAACCCCCUGGCGAUUAGUGCCACGACUAUAGGACUCAAAAUCUACAAGCUAUAUGCCUAG